UCACACAAAUGAGUAACAUGAAACUAUUGUCUCAAUCAAGAAAAGAAGUAUGCACAUGUCAAAUUUCGCUUGUUUUAAUCUAAAAAUGGCUACAAUCAUGGUUUAAUUAACAAGAACUUUCGUCAAUAAAUUCAAUAGUAACAAACUUUCCAAUUCCUCUUCGAUUCGAGACCAUAUCUUCUAACAAACGCUCCUUAACUAAAUAUCAUUUAGAAACAAAUUUGAAAGAAAAUACAGGAUGCCUAUUCAAAAGGUUAAAGCUCGUCAAAUUUUCAACUCCAGAGGUGAUCCAACUUUGGAAGUGGACAUAAUCACAGACGUUGGACUGUUAAGAUCUUCAGUACCAUCUGUUUUGGUACCAAACCCUAAUCAAGCGCAAGAACUAAGGGAUGGCAACGAAGCCAUGUACCAUGGACUUUCAGUAUUCAGAGCCGUUGACGUAGUGAAUAACAUAAUAGCACCACAACUUUUGAAAUCAAGGCUAGAGGCUUGCCAACAAAUGGAGAUAGACAGUUUGUUAAAUCGUCUAGACGGAACGGAGAAUAAAUCGAAAUUAGGUGCAAACGCAAUUCUUGGUGUCUCCAUCGCUUGCUGUAAAGCUGGUGCCGCGAAGAAAGGACUUCCGGUUUAUAGAUACAUUGCAGAAUUAGCUGAAAACGGAGAACUUUAUAUACCUGUUCCUUGUUUCAACAUGAUCAGUGGAGGCAGGCAUGCUAACAACACAAUACCAUGCCAAGAAUUUAUGAUCUUACCCAUAGGAGCUGAAAGUUUCGCUGAUGCUAUGAAAAUGGGCAUGGAAGUGUACAAAGUACUCGAAAAAAAGAUCGCAACUGCUCAAGAAAUUAAUCUACCUCUUCCGGUUAGCGACGAUGGCGCAUUUACGCCCUUAGAACUCGAGGAAAAUAAGGAAGCUUUAUUAUUGAUAGACGAGUCGAUUAAAGAUGCUGGUUAUGAAGGAAGAAUUAAGAUAGCGUUAGACAUGGCAGCUAGUGCUUUUUAUAAAGAAGGAGGAUACGAUUUAGCAUUUAAAACAGAAGAGUCUGAUCCCGAUGAAUAUAUGGAAGCAGACGCAUUAAAGGAUCAAUACUUAGAAUAUUUUACAGAAUAUCCAUCUCUCGUCUCGAUCGAAGAUCCAUUCGAUCAUGAAGACUGGGAGGGUUGGUUGACAUUAGCCGAUCAAGAUAUUCAAAUUGUCUCUGACGACUUAACUGCGAUGAAUAUCGACAGAAUCGAGGAAGCAAUUGACAGACAAAUGGCCAAUGCGAUAAUACUAAGAAUGUCACAAGUUGGAACUGUAACAGAGGCGAUCAACUGCGCAAAAAUAGCGAGGAUCAGUAAUUGGGGAUAUAUCGUAGCAGCUUGUGAAGGAGAAACUGAGGACAAUUUUGUAGCUGAUUUGGCUGUAGGAUUAUCUGCUGGACAAUUUAAAGCCGGAGCACCUUGCAGAAGUGAAAGAACUGCUAAAUAUAAUCAAAUAUUGAGAAUCGAAGAGGAACUCGGAAAAGAUGCGAAAUAUGCUGGUCUUAAUUAUAGAAAUCCUUUGGCUAAAUAAUUCUUUAAAACCAACUAACUAUUCUGAAGUUAAUCCAAUUUAAAAUUAAAAUUAUUUAACUUACCGUCUCCUGUGCAAUAAUAUCCAUGAAAUUUAUCGAAGUAUGUGCUUUGGAAACGUUGAUGAUUUCCAUAGAGAGUUCUCAUCAUUCCCGGCCAUGGUUGACGGAAAACAAGAUAUCCUUCACCUUCACCUUCGACCAAAUGACCAUCUUCAUCCAGAAUUUCUGGUAAAACGCCAAAGAAUGGGAACGACUAGCAAGAAAAGCAUUAAAUAAAUCAAUUACAUAUUUCACUGGUUUGCUAGUAAGAGAUAAAACAGAAACUUACUGCAGAACCUGGUUUCAUUGGCGUAGCACCAGGAAGUGGAGUGAUCACGUGGCCACCAGUUUCCGUUUGCCAAAAUGUAUCCGAUAUACUGCAUUUUCCAUGACCCACAAGAUUGUAAAACCAUAGCCAUGCUUCAGCGUUUAUUGGCUCUCCAACCGAACCCAAGACCUAAAAACAAUAAAUAAUUUCCCAAACUGAA